AUGGAACACGCUCCGUUGCUUGCUGAUGAAGGUGUACAUAUCGCAGAGUAUACCACCGAACCGGUACAUUUGCGGAAGAGCGGCACAGCAUCAGCUAGUGGUGAUAAUGAGUCCAAUGUUGAGAACGAACUAGAAAAACUCACCCCUCUAGAGGAGGCCAAGAUGGUUGGAAAGGGCGCCCUUCCUCUCAUGUUAGCAUUUUUUCUUCAGUACUUUCUGUCGAUCGCUCCAAUGUUCAUUCUGGGCCAUGUAGGUGCAACUGAACUGGCUGGUGCUUCUCUGGCUAUUAUGACCUAUAACAUCACAGGAACUGGCGUGAUACAAGGAAUGGUAACUGUUAUGGACACUUUUGCCUCUCAGGCUUAUGGAGCUCAACAAUAUUUGCGAGUUGGCGAGGUAUGGCAGAAAUGCUCGAUGCAAAUUUUCAUUGCGUUGCUUCCCUUUUAUGGUGUGUGGUAUUGGGCAGAGCCCAUUUUAAACAGCUUGCAGCCUGAUCCGCUGCUCUCGAAAUUAGCCCAGGAUUACUUGAGAGUUGUCUCGUGGGGAACGCCGGGAUUAAUGUUGUUUGAGACUGGAAAAAGAUAUUUGCAGGCCCAGAAGAUCUUUGAUGCCCCGACCUAUGUGUUAUUGUUCGUAACCCCAUUUAGUUUGAGUCUGACAUACUAUUUGGUUCUCCCAGCAGGUUGGGGCUUCAUUGGUGCUCCAAUCGUUGUUUCUCUUACUUAUUGGCUAAUGGCUCUUCUUCUGCUGGCAUAUAUUUUUGUCAUUGACGGAUACAAGUGUUGGGGUGGGUUUUCAUACUCUGCUCUUUUCACUGAUUUUGGGCCAAUGCUGAAACUAGCUGUUCCAGGUGUGAUCCAGACUGAAGCAGAAUAUCUGGCUUUCGAGGUGAUGACUUUGGCAUCUGCUUACUUCGGAACAGUAGCACUUGCUUCUCAGUCUAUUUGUACAUCUGUGGGUUCUCUGGUAUUUCAAAUCCCUUUUGCACUCUCAUGUGCUAUAACGACCCAUAUUGCGCAGUUGAUUGGUGCUGGUGCAAAAACAAGCAGUAUUCGAUCCACGAAUCUUGCGAUGCUUGGUUCCUUGGUGGUGGGUUCCUUUAGCACUGUUGUGCUUCUGAUUCUAGAAAAGCCCAUCAUCCGAAUUUUCACGGAGGACGAAGAAGUCAUCAAAGUCACCACGACUGUACUUAGAUUGCUAUUCAUCAAUCAAACUUAUGACUCCGUCAACAUAACCAUGGCAGGAAUACUCAGAGCACAGGGAGAACAACGUAUUGGCUCAAUUCUCAACAUCGGUUCUUACUAUUUCUUUGCGUUGCCAUUGGCUUACAUUCUCGCAUUCGUUCUUAAGAUGGAGGUACUUGGACUGUGGAUUGCCAUGAGUGCAGGAGUUGUUGCUUUGACCGUGGUGGAGUUUGUGGUGAUCCUGAGAAGUGAUUGGAAUAGCAUUAUUGAGGAGGCCAGAACCAGAACGAGAAAUGAGGAUUUCUCUCAUUGA